AUGAUCGUUAUUUUGAAAGUGCGCCAAUUAAUUUUAACGUUAUUGUUUUUGAAGAUCGCAGCCAAAGUAACGUACGCUACUGUCGAUCCAUCUCAUGUUUAUUCCAUGAUCAAAUUUUUAACAAUUAAUAAAGAAUGUUUUCAGAGCGAUGUGGUGGAUGUCAAUGAAAAAUUCAAAAUUGUGUUAUCUUUUUUCUCAACUGAUAAUAAAAGUGGACAGGACUUGACUCUACCUUUGCGUGCAGAAAAAUUACCCUCUCUUCGAAGUUUUAAUCCAGACUAUGAUACUAAAAUUAUCUCGCACGGAUAUAAAGGUCACGAUCAAUUACCAGCUGUCAAGGAACUGACGAAAUUAUUUCUUCGAUCUAAAAAGCCUGUCAACGUAAUAGUGGUGAAUUGGAACAAAGGAGCUGAAAAAUUGUUGUAUAAUCAAGCUGCUUAUAACACCAAAUACACUGCACAAAAAUUAGCAGAAGCAUUGAACGUACUGAAGAAACGAUGGCCACAAAAUUGGAAAUCUAUUCAUCUUAUCGGUCACAGUCUCGGUGCACAUGUUGUAGGACAAACCGGCCAUUUUCUGAAGACGAUCAAUAAAAACAUUAAAAUUGAUCGCAUCACUGGAUUAGACCCAGCUGAACCAUGCUUUGAAAAAUUGACAAAAAACCAAAAUUUUCCUCGUUCUCUUUCGAAAACUGACGCCAAAUUUGUUGAUGUAAUUCAUUCGGAUUCAGCAACUAUACCUAAUGGUGCUUUGGGACUUUUGCGCCCAUGCGGUCACGCUGAUUUCUAUUUAAAUGGAGGAAACAAUCAGCCUGAGUGUGACUUUGAAGAAUCAAGGGCAUUAAAUCUGGGCAAUCUUGGCUAUCAUAUUGCACUGCAAAAAGGAAUAUGCAAUCAUUUUCGUGCUUUCGACGUCUUUAUCGAAUCUGUGAAAUACAAAGCGGACGCAGAUUGUGACUUUUUUGGCGAAUCACAAACUUUAGAACCCGAUGACGAUGAAUUAACUGAACCCGAUGUAAAAACGUGCUCCAAAUCGAAUAACUGCCCAAAAAUGGGUAUAAAAGCUGAUAAAUUUUCCUAUAAAUCCGGAGUCCAAAACACAUUUUACGUAUCGACGAAAAAUAGAAAAUCAAAAUGUAAAAAAUAUUUUUCGAAUCAAGUUGAUGGCUAUUAUUCUAACAAAUAUAAUCCAGGGAAUUUUGUAGAAAUAGCUCAAUCUUACUUCAAUAAAAUAGGAGAUGUAAUUAGUUAUUAA